AUGGCUCAGCUCCUGAACAGCAUACUCACCGUGAUCAAGGUGUUCGAGAAAUACGCCAAAGAGAAUGGAGACCGUAACUCACUGUGCAAGAAGGAGUUGAAGCAGCUGCUCUUGGCUGAGUUUGGAGACAUACUCCGGAGACCAAAUGACCCAGAGACUGUGGAAACCAUCCUGAGCCUCUUGGAUAAAGACAGAAAUGGGCAGGUUGAUUUUCAUGAAUAUCUCUUGUUGGUGUUCCAAUUGGCCCAAGCCUGCUAUCAUAAGCUGGAUGAUGAGACACGUGGAGAUAGAACUUCCCAGCAAGAAGGGGAGCAGGAGGGAACAGGAAACCAUAAGUUUCCAGGAAGUACAGGCAGACAACACAGGCAGAGGCAUGAGAGAGAAAGGCAGGACCCCCACCACAGUCAGUCUGAGAGACAAGACAGGAACUCCCAGUACGGUCAGACUGAGAGACAGGAUCAGGACUCCCGCUAUGGUCAGUCUGAGAGACAAGAUGGAGAUUCCCGCUAUGGUCAGUCUGAGAGACAAGACAGGAACUCCCGCUAUGGUCAGACCGAGAGACAAGACAGGAACUCCCAGUAUGGUCAGACUGAGAGACAGGAUCAGGACUCCCGCUAUGGUCAGUCUGAGAGACAAGAUGGAGAUUCCCGCUAUGGUCAGUCUGAGAGACAAUACAGGAACUCCCGCUAUGGUCAGACCGAGAGACAAGACAGGAACUCCCAGUAUGGUCAGACUGAGAGACAGGAUCAGGACUCCCACUAUGAUAGACAAGGCCAGAGUUUCCACUAUGGCCAGACAGACAGACAAGGCCAGAGUUUCCACUAUGGCCAGACAGACAGACAAGGCCAGAGUUCUAACUAUGAUCAGACAGACAGACAAGACCAGAGUUAUCAUUAUGGUCAGACAGACAGACAAGGCCAGAGUUCACACUAUGAUCAGAGAGACAGACAAGGCCUGAGCUCUCCAUAUGGCCAGACAGAGACUGGGGAAACUAAGCAAAAUAGGUGCUUCCGAGGAAGUGAGGGAACAAGCAGGGACUCACAUGUUGAGCAAUCAGGACGGUCAGGCAGACCAAGUCAACAGACUCAAGGACAGGAAGUGAACCGAAAUCAGGGUCACAGAGUCCAGUCUAAGGAAGGGCAGCAAGACAGCCAUCAGGUGUGGGAGCCCGAGGAGGAUAACCAGCACCAGCAACACAAACUAGUAGCACAAAUUCAGCAAGAAAGGCCACUCUGUCACAAAGAGGGAGACUGGCAAUCACGCAGCAGUGAACAGGGCCACGAGGAAAAGCAGGGCCGCCAAAGCUGGGGUAGACGUGGUCAUGAGGGUCAGGAAGCGCCAUGUGAGGCUCGGGAAAGGCAAACCCUUGAAGAGGAGCAGAUCCGUCAGGCGAGGGACAGACACACCCAUGAAGAGGAGCAGACCCGUCAGAGACGAGACAGGCAAACCCACGAAGAGGAUCCAAACCGUCAGCGACAACAGGGUAGGCAAACCCACGAGGAUAGCGAGAGGUAUCAAGGGUCCCCGGAUCGACAGUCCCAUGGGACCCAGCAAGGCUGUGCUAACAGAGAAAAAGUCCAUAUGAAUGAGGAUGGCCGGAGCCGAGGUUCCCAGGGAAGACACAGUGACCCGGGCUUCCAUCCAACCCAGAGCAGUGGGAGGCCCCAGAGAAGAGAACAGGGUGGAAGUCGCCCUAGCAAGGCAGCUCUUGCUCCCAACCCUCUCUAUGACUACGUGCAAGAGCAGAGAGGGGACUGGCACUAG